GCACGGCGGCGGCGGAGGCAGCGCGGCUCGGAGCGGCGCCCGGAGCCGGCCCGGCCGGGCCGCGCCGCCGCCACCACGGGACUUUUCCACGUCCAGGGGCUGUUCCCGUGCAUCCCCCGAGGAGCUGGUGGGAGCUGGCAGGGCCCAGCCUUCCCUGGGGGAACAUGGACUGAAAAGAGGAGCUUUGCCAGACCACGGCUGCCAGCGCCCCUCGCCUGGACCCUGAUGGACUCCGAGGCAGGACUGCAUUACCAUGGUGAUGAUCUUAACCAAAACUCGGCAAGACAAAGGUGCUGACUCCGUAACAUGCAGGACUGAGCUGCACACUCCAAAGAUGAGUCAAGGACCUACCCUCUUCUCUUGUGGCGUGAUGGAAAAUGACAGAUGGAGAGACCUCAGCAGGAAAUGUCCGCUGCAGCUGGAGCGGCCGGGCGCCAGCAUCUGGGACUGCUUGUCGGACAAGGCCGAGGAGGGCUCGCGCUGGCCGGGGGAAGCGCCCAGCGCCUGCUCCGUCACCAACCUCAUCAAAGACCUCAGCCUCAGCGACCCCCACGGCAACCCCUCGGCCCCCCCCAGCAAGCGCCAGUGCCGCUCGCUCUCCUUCUCGGACGAGAUGUCGGGCUGCGGGACCUCGUGGAGGCCCUUGGGCUCCAAGGUGUGGACGCCGGUGGAGAAGCGCCGUUGUUACAGUGGCGGCAGCGUGCAGCGCUACUCCAACGGCUUCGGCACCAUGCAGAGGAGCUCCAGCUUCAGCCUGCCCUCGCGCUCCAACCCGCCGCCCUCGGCCGCCCCGCCGAGGAAGCCGGCGGCCGGCGGGCGCGGCGGGGAGCGGCCGGACAUGCAGAGGUCCCUGUCCUGCUCGCACGACCGCUUCUGCUCCUCGGAGUACUGCCCGCCCUCGGCCAGCAGCACGCCCGCCUCCACGCCCGAGCUGGGCCGGCGCGCCGGGGGCCUGGCCCGCAGCCGCUCCCAGCCCUGCGUCCUCAACGACAAGAAGGUUGGCGUCAAGCGGCGGAGGCCGGAGGAGGCUCAGGAGCAGCGGCCCUCGCUGGAUCUCGCCAAGAUGACGCAGCUCCGGGUCUGGCCCCGCUCCCUGUCCCCACCUCAGCAGCCUCUUUCCCCUUUGCCUUCGCAGAACCGCCAGACGUUCAACAGCCUGACGUGCCUCAGCGGCGCGGCCCAGGAGGGCGGCCGGCGGCCCCCCGGCCCCCAGCCGUGGCCCGCGGCGCCCCGCACGCCGGAGGUGAUGCCGGGCAGGACCCCCGCCUGCACCCCGGUGCCCGAGCCCUCGGGCUCGCGGGCGGGCGAGCGCCACGCCAGCAGGGACGAGCUGUCCGGCGAGGAGGAGGAGGAGGGCGGCGGGAAGGAGGAGGACGGGGCAGCGUGGCGCAGCGGCGGGAUGGGCACCGACAGCCCCUUCCAGCUGGACGGCGAGAUCGACAUCGAGCAGAUCGAGAACAACUGAGGAGGGAGCGGGUGCUCUGGCCACGGGGUCGGGGGGCUGCCAGCAGAGGCGGGGUGGGGGGCUCCCUGCUGCCGGCGCCGGCCUGUGGGGUCCUGCCACUGCUGUCCUCCUGCCAGCCAGAGGGGACGAAGCAGCUUUGCCAAAAUUUCAUCAGGUAUUUAGAGCAAUUUGUGUGAGUGUGUGUAAACCUUGAAAUCCUUUGUAACUACUGUAGCCAGACAUCAGUUGGUCGGAGGAAAUGGCUGGGGAGACCGGGCACAGGGAUGGCCAAAAGCUCACCUCGAGUGAGUAAAUGGCUUUUGCCAACACAGGGUUGGAGCUGAUGGGCUGGCCACGCUCUCCUGGGGCUGGCCGUGCUUCUUGGGGCUGGCCACACUCUCCCAGGGCCCACCUGCACUUGUUCAGAAAGGGAUGCAGGAGGAGAAACCAGCACCCGUGGGCCUGGAGAAGUGGAGGAGACCCAGACUGUGGGGAUUUGGAAGCCGAGCGCUGGCUGGUGGCUGCAGGGGCAGCUGCAGCUGCUCCAGCUGCAUCCCCUGCGGCCCCGGCACCCCCUUGCCCUCCACGUCCCAGGCAGUGCUGGGAGAAGGGAAUCACAACUGAAGGGUUUUGCAGUGGUAAGAGCUGGAUUUUUACUGUUUGUUUCAGUGAUUUGUCCUUUUCCUGCUGAGGAAUUAAAGGGAGCCCAGGCCCGCCCAGCCCCAGCAGCACUGCCCGAGGAUGCUCAGAUGCCUUUCUUCCCUCUUCUUCUUCCCCCCAGUCCCCUCUCUCAAACCCACGUGGACAAAGCCCCGGUCUGGCUCGCUGCCUCCCUCCCUUGGGUUCCCCACAGCCAGUUUGGAGCAGGGCUGCCCCGUUUCCCCGCUCCCCAUGGCCGUGCCCUCCGUGCUACCUGCGGUGCGGCUGCCGCCCUCUGCUUCUGGCUCUGUCUCACUGUGAAGGGGCCGCUUGCCCGGGGCACGCCGUGGGGUUACUUGACAAAGUCAGCUGGCGAAAGGCUGAAAAUCCAGGUAGCAGCACUGAAAGCUUUUUUUCCUCUUCCUGUGCCUUUUUAAAGCACAGAUCAAGUGGUGACCGUGAUGUUUGUACGAUGUGAGUUCUCUUUGGUAAGAAGCUGUCCACUUGCUAACAGGUUUAGAAGGACACAUCUUAUUUUUUUCCUCCCUCUGUUUUUUUCUUUCCUCUGUUGGGUUGUUUAAAGCUGUAGGAAAGCUGUGUGAGUGGCUCCCAGCAUCUCCUGCAGGUUCCUUCAAGCUCAGGGUUUUACUCCCCGAGCUCUGCAAAAGCGAGAAAGGGAAAAGAAAGGGUGAUUGAUGCCAAGAGGAGCUGAAGAGGUGACGCUUUUAACGGGGUCUGGCACCCACGCUGGUAAAGCUUUACUCAGAAGGGGCUGAGAGCCGCUCGGUGCAGGUUUUGUUCAUCAUUUCUGGUUGUGUUUGUGCACUUUUGUCUGCGGUGGUCUGGGGCGUGUGGUGUCCCCCAUCGCAGCGGAACCCAUCAGCUGUUAUAUAGCUUUAUCCCUGCCCUGGCACCGCGCAGCCUCUGCUUGCGACAGUGCCCACACCUGCUCGCUGCAGGCCGGGUGCUGCCAGGCAGGGCCAGCCCCACAUAUCUGGGGAAGGGCUGACAGGGAUGUCUUUUCAUUUUGGGGAACCCUCCCAACUCUUUUGAUGCAUCACUGAAAACACCUCCUGGUUUCAUUUGCAGCCCCCCUGGGCUGUCGCUGCCCCUCGGGUCCGUGCCCUGCGCGGUGCUCAGCUUUGUCUUCCUGAUCUGGACCCCUCAUUGCUGAUGCCCCCCCCCCAGCUCUUGGGGCACACAGCUGCCGGCUCCCACUGACCCAAACUGGGGGGGAUUCACCCCCGUCCCUGCCCGGCUGCCGCCGCAGAGCUCCGGCUGGGCUCCCGCAUGUGCAUCACAGGGGCUGUAAUUCCUUCCUAAGGGCUUCUGUUUUCUUUCCAAGGGCUGCUACCGGUGCCAUGCUGUCCCCCACCCCCCCGGUAGGAAGGUGAGCAGUGGCCCCCUGCCCAGCUGCCCUCACCGUAGCCGGAGCGUUCCGUUUACAUACAGCACAACCCGUUUGCCUUACUAAAGACGCUUCUGCAACGAGUCAUGGCCUUACCCUGGGCACGGCUGCGUGGGCACAGGCUGCAGGUAGCGACGGCUCCGAGGCCACGGUGGGCUCCCCUGGGGUGUUUCCUCCUUGGCUUUGUAUGAUUUCAUGUACUUAACUCUCAGUUUAAGAAAGCCUUACUUUUAAAGUUCUUUUCUCUCUCUCUCUCUCUCUCUCUCUCUCUCUCUCUCUCUCUGUAGAGGUAAAACAUUUGUGGGUUUAUAUAUAUAUAAAUAUAUAUAUAAAUAAAGUAAUUAAAAAGAUUAACUAUAAUAUAGUAUGUGCCUCAGAUUCAGGGGACAUCCUGGUGAUUGUAAUGCCCAAAGCAGUGAGAGAUCCAUCCCCCGAGGUCCUGCUCUCCAGCUGGGGAGGGCUUCACCCCUUCCACACAUCCUCUGGUGACCCCAACCCCCAGCAAACUCCUGCUGGCUGCCAGAAUGUGAUAGUAAAGGAAUAUGCAGCCAAAACAGGCUCGUUCUGGAGUAGGGUCGGUGGCCUGGCCACGGCGUGAGCCGGUGUGGCCGGCAGCUGUUUGGUGCUGUGUCAGCAGCAGUGAGGGCUCAUCAUCCUGACAAAAACAUGGAUAACAUAGGAGAAGCCUGGCCAGGCACAGGGGCAGUUCGCUGUGUGUUUGCAGAUGCAGCUCUUGGAGCCUGUCUGAUGAAAGAUUAUGUUAAAGAGAAAAAAAAAAAACAAGAAGAAGUGUUUGUAACAUAGAUUGUCAUUGUCCCACGUUCUAGGGUAGCCUAUCUGGCCAGUCAAGUUGUGUUUCAAGUGCUUUGUUUAAAGAGCUCCUGGCUGAACGGGCUCACAGACUUAAGUAGGGUGUUAGAGGACUGUAGCAGUGCUUCACAGCGUUGAUGGGUUCCGUGUUCAAGGGACACCAAGAAGAGGGUGGCCAAAAAGAAAGAGAGAAGAAAACAACCCACAAUAAAACCAAACCCAAGCCUUGUGAAGCUGUGCCCUGCAGCAGCCGAGUCUCGCUGGCACUGGCACAAGCGCAGCGGGACACGUGUCCCCGGGGAGGGGCUGCGAGGGGGCCGCUCCUGCCCCCUCCCUGGCUCCAUUGCACUAGAGAGCAGCUCAGUCUCAGGAAAUUGCUUGUUACUUUUACUGUGUAAAUAAAGCUUCCUGGUUCCCUAA